AUGCAUGCUCCUUCUUCCUCAGCUUCUAGACACAAGUUUUGGAAGAAUAUGCAAGCUGAUCUACCUCCCCCAAACACUUCGUGGCUGGUGCUAGGUGAUUUAAAUGAGGUUACCAAUCAAUUAGAAAAGAAAGGUGGGCGUCAAUUCCGACCUUCUCAGUGCUCAGACCUGGUCAAUUUCAUGGACGAGGGUGGCUUGGUGGAUAUCGGUUAUAAUGGAUGCCCCUACACUUGGACUAAUGCUCGUCAGGGUCUGGAAUUGAUUCAGGAAAGGCUAGAUCGUGCUCUGGUUAAUUCGUACUUUUGGAACGGUGAAAUUUGUGAUAAGUUUAAACCAUCAAGGGGUAUUCGUCAAGGGGAUCCUCUUUCGUCUUAUAUUUUUGUGUUAUGUCUCGAUAGAUUAUCUUCUAUGAUUGAAGAAAAAGUUCAAUGUGGAUCUUGGAAACCAAUAGCUCUUACUAAGAACAUUAAGAUGUCUCAUGUAUUUUAUGCGGAUGAUGUGUUUCUUUUUAGUAUAGCUUCCAUUGACAAUAUGCAUAGUAUUAUGAAUACUCUUGAUUCCUUUGGAGAAAUGUUUGGUCUCAAAAUCAGUAUGAGCAAAUCCACUUUGAUUUUCCCACGUUCCCUUCAUAAUUCCAUUAGACAGGACAUUGCCUCCACUUAUGGUUUUAAGAUUUCUUCAUGUUUUGGAAAGUACUUGGGAGUGGACAUUCGCCCCAAUAAGUUAAGAAUUAGUAAUUACCUUCAAUUACUUGAUAAAUCUACUAGUAAAGUUAGAGGUUGGCAAGCCAAACUUCUAAACAUGGCGGGAAGAUGUACCCUAAUCAAAUAUGUCCUUAAUUCUCAUCCCCUCUAUGUCAUGCAAACCAAUCUGAUACCUGCUUCCACUAUUUAUGAGUUGGAAAAAUGUACUAGGAAAUUUUUGUGGAAUAAACCAGACCAAAAUAGAUACAUGUCCCGUCUUUCUUGGGACAAAAUCACUUCUUGUGUUACUUGCGGAGGACUUGGGAUUAGGCGUUUAAAAGAAUGGAACUUAGCUUUUAUGGCAAAAUUAGGUUGGGUCAUUCUUACAAAACCGGACAAGUUGUGGGUUAAAGUGUUUAAAGAAAAAUAUAUUAAGAAAUCAAACUUUAUGGACUGCAUUAGUAAUGGAAAUCAUUCUCCCCUUUGGAGAGAUAUUCUUAAGGGACGUAGUGUUUUGCAAAAGGGUCUAAUCAUAAACAUUGGGAAUGGUAAGAAUACUUCAUUAUGGUUUCAUCAUUGGAUUGGGGAAGCACCUUUGUACACUAUUAAAGAGGUUAAGAUUCCAGACUCCAAAGCUCAUUGGCAUGAAAUCCUCCCAGUAGCACAAAAUCUGAAUAGGUUCAUAACGGAAAUUAGUCCAAAUUGCUCUAGAUGUCUAUCAGAUUCUGAAUCUCAUCUACAUCUAUUUAGGGAUUGUACCCAAUCCAGCAUCCUAUGGUCUUUCAUUUUUCAAAGGAUAUGGAAGAAUGAAAAGUUUGAUUUUAGUGCUUUUUAUAAUUCGGAUUGGAAAAGAUGGAUUGAUUUUAAUUUAUCUUGUUCCAUGAAUUGGAAAGUGAUAUUUGCUGUUGGCAUCUGGCACAUCUGGAUUUCAAGAAACACCACAGUUUUUGAAUUUAAGAUGAAAAAUUGCUUUUCUCUUUAUAACAAUUUCUUUGUGGAUUGGAAAAGCACUAACUUCAUUUUGCAGGGAAAAGAAAUGUGUCAGGUACAGGAAGCUGGAGUUUUCAAAUUUCAAUGGAUUCCACCAAAACAAGACUUUAUGAAACUUAAUGUGGAUGGUGCCUGGAAGUCUGCAACUGAAGCUGGUGGAGGGGGUGUUUUCAGAAGACCUAAUGGUUCAUGGUUUGUUGGUUUUUCCAGCAAAUUUAAUGUCAAUUCACCAUUGGCUGCUGAGUUGUAUGCUUUGCGUGAUGGAUUGGUGAUUGCCAAAGACCUCAAGUUUGAUAAAUUGGAAGUGGAAACUGAUGCAAUUCAAUUGAAGCUACUUCUGAGUGAUAUUCAAGAUCAGGCGCAUCAUGAGUUAGGCCCAGUGCUUAGAGAAGUUGCCCAGUUAUUGGGUCAGAACUGGACAGUUCUAUUCUCUCACAUUCCUCGUUUCUGCAACAAGGUGGCUCAUGAUUUAGCUGCUCAUUAUAUGGUUAUGGCAGUGGGCCAUAAGCUUCAUUACAUCAUUCCGGCUUGUGCUAAAGAGCAUUAUUUCAAAGAAUUUGAUUCUUGCAACCGAAGGCAAGCUGCUAUGGACAGGAAUUUGGUACAGGCUGCGAGCAAUACAACUCAGACUAUGAAUACGCUUGCUGCCUCUUCUUCAGCAUCUGAAAUUGUUUUUGGAUCAAUUGUGUCAAACAUCAAGCAGGCAUUAGAGGGGACUAAAAGCAAGGAACAUGAAGCUCAGGGGAAAGGAAAGGGUAAAGUGUUUGAGCCUUUUGUUGUUGGAGGUUCAACGGUCUCUAACCCAAUUGAGAUUGUUGAACUGGAGGAUGGUGAAGUUUCCAACAACUAA